AUGGUUGAUCAGUUUGUUGGAACCUGGACUCUGUCCACCAGCGAGAACUUCGAUGACUACAUGAAGGCCAUCGGUGUGGGCUUCGCCACCCGGCAAAUGGGCAACAUGGUGAAACCCAACCUGGUGUUCAGCGUGGACGCUGGAGUUGUUACAAUAAAGUCUGAGAGUACUUUCAAGAACACAGAGAUGAAGUUCAAGAUGGACGAGGAGUUCGAUGAGUCCACCGCCGACGGACGGCAGACCAAGACCACCUUCAGUUUUGACAACGGCAAACUGGUGCAGACACAGACGUGGGAUGGAAAGACCACGACACUGGAGCGGGAGAUUCAAGAUGGAAAGCUGACAGCUAAAUGCAUCAUGGGGGAUGUUGUCGCGAUGAGGAUCUAUGAGAAGGUUUAA